AUGGUUUACCACCUGAUUCCUCUGGCUUCACCAAUCCACCAGAUUCGCAAAUCGGCGCUGCUCAUUGGCGCACAUGGUGGGUCCCUGGCGAAUGCCGUCUACGCGCGGCACGGCACAGGUAUCAUCGAGAUUGUGAACAGCCCCGAGGCUCACAAUGAGACCGAGUCAGGAAUAUGGCCGCCUUACAAAAGCUUCUGGUACGGCGGAGCAGGAGCCGCCUUGCCUUUCUUCCGAGUGGUUUUGUACGAGCGAAAUGCAGCAGAUGAAUUGGAAAUUCGCACAGAUGAUUUGGAAGCAGCUUUGUACCAAUGGUUCGCCUACAAGGCAGACUUGAAAGCUGGAUGAAGCGAUUCAGUACCUUCGCGAUUGGGAAAUAAACAUUGUAACAUGGCAAUGGAAAUAG